CGCGGGGGUGGCCGAUUCAUUCAAGAGACACCUCAAACUGUUAUGAUGUUCUCUUUAGUGUUUGCCAAUGUCGGAGGUGUAACUGGGGUCUGGCCCUGGACAAAGGAAUAGAGCAUGGCUCAAGUGAAAGUACAGACCUCAGCACCCCUGGCUGGUCCUGGCCUCUCCCCCGGAGUUCCCCCGACGGCCAUGGCCAGCCCUGGAUCCCUGGGUCUGCAGCCCUCCGUCAACGGCACAGGCCCGGCCCCCACACCCGCCUGCCCUGCUCCUGCAGUCGGAUAUGGGGACGCCCCUGUGUCUGCUACAUCGCCAGGCCCGCCCCAGGAGAACAUGGCAAACCCUAAAGAGAAAACUCCAAUGUGUUUGGUGAAUGAGUUAGCCCGUUUCAAUAGGAUCCAACCACAGUACAAGCUCCUCAAUGAGAGAGGCCCUGCACAUGCUAAGAUCUUCACAGUGCAGCUGACUCUUGGGGAGCAGGUGUGGGAGGCCGAGGGCACCAGCAUUAAAAAGGCCCAGCACUCCACAGCUGCCAAAGCGCUGGACGAGAGUGUCCUUCCCAGGCCAGCGCCCCGCUCCCCUAAAGUGGACAUCAACAGCAACCCAGGCAGUAUAACACCUACUGUGGAGCUGAAUGGUCUGGCCAUGAAGAGAGGGGAGCCAGCUAUUUACAGGCCUUUGGAUCCCAAGCCCAUGCCCAACUACAGAGCUAACUACAACUUCAGAGGGAUGUUCAACCAAAGGUACCAUUAUCCCGUUCCUAAGAUCUUCUAUGUGCAGCUGUCUGUGGGGAGCCAUGAGUUUAUUGGCGAGGGACGCACCCGCCAAGCAGCCAGACACAACGCUGCCAUGAAGGCCCUGCAAGCCCUGCGCAAUGAACCCAUCCCCGAACGGCCACCACAGAGCCCAGAGGAAAAAAGCGAGACUGAGGAAGGCACUGAUGCCAGCAAAUCGGAGAUCAGCCUGGUCUAUGAAAUUGCCCUGAAGAGGAACUUAUCUGUCAACUUCGAGGUGUUGAAGGAGAGCGGCCCCCCGCACAUGAAAAGCUUCCUGACCCGUGUCAGCGUGGGGGAGUUCUCCGCCGAGGGCGAGGGCAACAGCAAGAAGCUAUCCAAGAAGCGUGCUGCUCUGUCCAUCCUGCAGGACCUGAAGAAGCUGCCCUUCAUCCCCGUUGUGGAGAAACCCAAGACGCACUACAAGAAACGUACCAAGACCAUCCUCAAGACGGGACCAGACUAUGGCCAGGGCAUGAACCCCAUCAGCCGUCUGGCCCAGAUCCAGCAGGCCAAGAAGGAGAAGGAGCCGGAGUACCUGCUGCUCUCUGAAAGGGGGAUGCCCCGACGCCGGGAGUUCAUCAUGCAGGUGAAGGUGAACAGCGAGGUCGCCACAGGAACAGGACCCAACAAGAAGGUGGCCAAGCGGAAUGCAGCCGAGGCAAUGCUCCUGCAGCUGGGAUACAAGGCCUCCACAGUCCCUCAGAACCCCACCGAGAUGGACAACAAAGGCUGGAAUGGACAAAAGGCGUCAUUUACCGAAGCAACGAGUAACACCCAGAAGGGUCUGCUCCACCUCAGCCCCGACGUCUACCAGGAGAUGGAGGCCAGCAGGAAGCAAGUGGGCAGUGCUCCGGGCCCCGGCAGCAACAGCAGCGGCUCCGUCAACUACAUGACAUCCAAAGACAUGGGGCCCUGCUCUGCUCCGCUGCCCCCAGGACAUCCUCCGUACUACAGUGGCUCAGGCUCCUCACCCAGCCCAACCGCCACCAUGGCCAGGGAGCUGCUGCUCAACGGUCAGUCACCCACAGCCGACGCCUCUCUAGCCAUGAAGGGGAAGAACUCGGCCCUGCCCUGCGGCGUCUCGGUGCAGCCUGCACAGCAGCUGGACUACCUGGCUCGCAUCCAGGGCUUCCAGGUGCAGUACAGUGAUGCGCAGAGCGGUAAGGAUUUUGUGACCUAUCUGACCCUCUCCCCUGUGCAAAUGACUUUCCACGGCACCGGGAGCACCCUCCAAGCCAGCCAUGACCAGGCUGCUCUAAGUGCCUUGAAACAGCUGUCGGAGCAGGGACUGGACCCGGUGGAUGGCCCCAUCAAGACCAGUGAACCAUGUGGGAGGGAGGACGGACAUUAAACAGACUAACUCAGGCACCACCACUCAGGUCUGCAAGGAUUCAAAGGCUGUCGUCUAGGAGCUGACAACCCCGAACCCCCUCCUUCGGCAUACACAGACCUGACAAACCCCUUCCUUCCUUCCUCCCUCCCUCCUCACCUCGAUGUCCCAUAACCCUAACCCAAAGUGUCCCCACUUAUCCACAACCCCCCCCUACCCUCUCUACCCACCCCGACCCCACGAUUGCCACUGUAUCCUGCAAAACCUGUCAACAUGCAAUAGGGUGGAUGUGCACCGAGAAAUGACCGACUAAAACACCAUUACCUGAGUCUAUGUGAAGACAACGCUAUGUUAACACGUUUAUUGAUGAUUUCAAAAUUUAGAGGACAAAAAAUAAUAAUAAAAGAAACACAAACUAAUGAGAGAAAUGCAUGGUACUGUAUGAAAUCAAGGGAAAUCCAAAGUGAUACACUGCAUAGACAAUUUUCCCUUUGGAUAAAUGUCUGUUGGUAUGGUUAAAACAAAUAUGUACAUCAUGCCAUUGAAACACAAAAGAAACAUUUUAGGGGAGAAACCAACUUGCGUACAGUAGCUUAUUUUCGGGGGUAUUAUGUUUCCGUUUUUUUUUGUUGUUGUUUUGUUUUGUUUUUGUUUUUGUUUUUUUAUUUUGUUUUUUUUUAUUAUUAUUAUUUUAUUUUAUUAAUCUAACAAUGCUUGAGUACUGUAUUUAAAAUUAACCAAUGCCAGUGCUGUGAAAGUUGUAGUUGUUGUCUUCAUAUAUAGUCACCCAGCUUACCUUGUAUGCUGACAUAAAAAAAAAAAAAGAGUUCAUCUAUCUAUAUGGAUGUGUAUGACUUGCAAGAGUAUCAUAUUCCGAAAAAUAACACAGAAAAGUUUUUUUUUCAUGUGGACAAAAAGGACAAAACUGGUGUUAGCAGUAAUCAGUAGAAGUGUUGACCACCCAGGAGGGAAGGUUGGACUAACCUUUACUUCCUGAAGGGUCUAACUUUCCCCGUUUAACAUGACCCCACACUGGCAUAGCAUCACUGGAGCAUCACCUGACCAACAGCGGAGGCAAGAAAGGGGGCCACCACAGUUGUACUUUUUAAUCUAGAAAAAGAGGCCAGUGGCUAGUAUUCUGCACACUUUCUCUAAUGCCAGUAAAUGUUCAACUCCAGAGAGUUUUGUACCGGCGUGACUGCAUGUCCUCCAGUGAAUGAAAAUGUCCUCUCCAUUCCAGUGAUUUUGUGUCAGUGGAUCGUCCCCCCUCCCCCCUGCCCCCACCCCCCCCACCCCACAGUUUUGUCGAUCACAUCUACACCCAUUGUGUGUGUUGUAUUGACCCGCCAAGGCAUCAACUGGGUGCUUUUAAUGCCUGCAUUCUGUCUGGAGUGCAGCUUUUGAGCGGAGAGAGCCUGCAGCCGCUGAUUCCGCAGACUCCCUCCACUAAAGGCCACUUUGAGUCACUUUGUUCACUGACAUUGAGGACGUGUCUUCUUCUUCGCUGUGAGUACAAUGUGUAAUAAGGCUGUUUCUGUUACUGAAAUGCAGUAAAAACACCUCAGUUCAUGUGGAAAAAAAAAAA